GAUUCGUAUGUUCGUACGAUUCUGUUAUCGAAGUUUCCAUUAUCGAAGCGACAUCGACAGAUUCACAAUUUGUUUGUGCAAUCUGCAUUGUUUUUCUCACAAUCAGAUUAAUCUAUGCUGUGACCAGUAGUUGAAACAAUUUUCGGCUCGUAUUCAUUGUAGUCUCCUAACACAAACUGCACUUUUCGUGCGAAAAACCACGUGACCUUGCCGACGACCUCUGGUUGGCAUUUAACAUCGUCCGUCAUCUAGUCCUGUUUCAUAGAUCCAGAUUAUUGACAGACAGAUCAUCGUCGUCGUUGUCGUCGUCGUCGUCGUCGUCGUCAUCACGCGGGUAAAUUAAGGCUCUCGUCGAGGAUUUUAAAUUGACACGCGGCAUCAUCGAAAAUCCCGACAGUUAUGAUACGGACCACGUCGAGCCUACGUAACGGGUUGGCACGCGCAAUCGUUCGUGGUUCCGCGCGAACCAACAUCGUCAGAUCCAUAGUCAUCCGAUGUCUUCACAGAAAACAUCAGCAGAGGAUUCAGCAUCAUAGUGCGUUACGUUUUAUAUGGACACCAUGGCAGCAACAGGUCAGACUCUAUGCGGAUUAUCCAGAUCAUAUCAAAGUCCCUCUUCCAGCAUUGUCUCCUACUAUGGAAACAGGAACAAUAAUCAGUUGGCAAAAAAAGGAAGGUGACAAGUUGAACGAAGGUGAUUUGCUAGCAGAGAUUGAGACAGAUAAAGCCACAAUGGCAUUUGAAACUCCUGAAGAAGGUUAUCUGGCCAAGAUCCUGGUACCUGCAGGAACAAAGAACGUACCCAUAGGCAAAUUGGUUUGCAUUAUUGUGUCAGAUGAGCCUAGUAUCGCUGCGUUUAAAGACUUUAAAGAUGAUGCAGCUGCGGCUGCUCCACCUCCUGUGGCACCUCCACCAGCUGCUCCUAUACCAUCCGUACCACCACAGUCUUCUGCAGCACUAUCAGCUGCACCAACUCCGGCAAAAGUUCCUUCUAUUCCAGCGCCUUCUGGAGAUAGGAUAUAUGCUAGUCCAUUAGCGAGAAGAUUAGCAGCUGAAAAAGGACUCAAUUUACAGAGUCUAAAAGGAACAGGAUUAUACGGCUCGAUAACGUCCAAAGAUCUGGAGAGUGCUGUUGUAGCAGGGGCAGUACAACCAGGAAUAGCAGCAGUUGGUGCACCAGGCGGAAUAGACAUUCCUGUAUCAAAUAUACGUGCGGUUAUUGCCAAACGCUUGUUAGAGAGCAAGCAGACAAUUCCGCAUUAUUAUCUCUCAGUGGACAUAAAAAUGGACGCUGCGUUGGCAAUGAGAGAACAAUUCAAUAAAUUGUUAGAAAAAGAUAAAAUAAAGUUGAGCGUAAAUGACAUUAUUAUUAAAGGAAUGGCUAUGGCUUGUAAAAAAGUACCAGAGGGCAACAGCGCGUGGUUAGGAAAUGUAAUUAGACAAUACAACAAUGUGGAUGUUAGUGUAGCAGUAAGCACAGAUAGUGGCUUAAUUACCCCGAUACUGUUCGGCGCCGACACAAAAGGCAUAGUUCAAAUUAGUAAAGACGUGAAGGCAUUAGCCGCGAAGGCGAGGGAAGGAAAGCUGCAGCCACACGAAUUUCAAGGAGGAACAAUUACUCUCUCGAAUUUGGGCAUGUUUGGAAUCAAGAAUUUCUCUGCCAUAAUAAAUCCUCCGCAAUCAAUUAUUCUCGCUGUGGGCACUACAGAGGCUAGACUGGUACCUGCCAAAAAUGAUAAAGGGUUUACGACUGCCCAAUAUAUGUCUGUAACUGCCAGCUGUGAUCAUCGUACCGUCGAUGGUGCGAUAGGCGCACAAUGGUUAGCUGCUUUUAAAGAUUUGAUGGAAAAUCCGACAACGAUGCUUCUGUAAAAUAUUAUCUCAGGUGGAAAUAGACGAUCUGCAAUAAAAGGGACACUUAAGAAACGAUACGUGGUAUUUAUGGAUUAUUGCCAGGAUUGCUUCUGUAUUGACUCAAAUUUGUAAAAUAUUCAUUGAUGUUUUUUCAAGUUUUUAAAAAAAUUAUAUAAUAUGUUGUUUUUUUCAUUAAAUACGAAUGAGAAGACUGAUGUUUAAAUUCAGCACAAUCAAAGUUCACAAAUAAUUCAGGUUCAAUCCUUUAAUUUUAUAAAAUUAGAAUGUUUCUGUGAACAAAUCGAUUUCUCGAUUUGAAUUUAUUUAUCACCUAGCAAAACUGCCUUUAUUAGCGAUCAUGUGUACAUACGUGUAUUUAUGUAAUAAAUAAUGCAGCUGCGCUGUGUUGCGGAAUAUACGAUGACCACGUUUUAGGGGAAAUAAGAAGAGUGUCAAAGAUGUUUAUAGUAAAUAUGUAUACACAUGUAUAUCACAUGUAUUUAAUAAAUCACCUCUUACGAUAUA